GCAUAAGUGUUUAAAUGCAUAAGUGUGUGUGUGUGUACAAAAUGUAACAAUUUCAUUUCAUUUCUUAAUGUGGCUUGGGUCAUUACUAAACCUUCAGAAUAUACCCCUUCCUCUCUCUCAGCAUCCUCCACUCCAUCUCCUCCUUCUCCUCCUCCUCCUCCUCCUCUGUUACUACCAUUCCUCCUUAUUGUCCUCCCCACAAUACUACCUCACUCCUCACCACUCCUUCUUUCCUUCCCUUGUCCUUCUACUACUUGCUACAUACCUUUAGAGUACUCUUUUUAGCCCAGCCAAGUGGGAUCCCCUACAGCCCCUGACUCAGACAAUACCUUCCUCUCUCAACAAUGUCUCCUAAAACAAAUUGAAGUUUAAAUUGGCAGUGUCCUGCCCUGUCUGAACAUAAUGUCCAAAAUGCAUUUUGGCCACCCUGCUAAGCACUGUCGCUCCACAGCCCAAAUUGCUCUUUACUAUCAUAACCCUUUUGCUUUCAAAAAUGGAAGGCGACCUUGGACCUUUGGGGCUGGCACAGCCCUGUACUGAUCUCCCAGAUAUUGCUCAGUUUCUGAGUAUUUAUAUGUCAGAAGAAGAUAGUCUUGCACUACAGGAGGGGAAGCAGGUCACUUCUGGCGGUCAGGUGAUGCAACACAGUGUCUUCAGUGUUGGAGAGACAGUUCCAUCGCCUACAAGGGACAGUGAUUUCAGUAUUAUGUCCCUUGUAUCUCACAACCCAAAUAGUCAAAUGACUGAACCCCAGGUGUUUAAGGCCUACCCUAUGGCAGCCCCUUUGGCACAAGUUUCAAAUCGUGCUCCAGCGCAACCCAAGCCUCAGAUACCUACGAAACCCCAAGAGCAAGGACAGGGAAAGCGUCACGUUUGUGAGAUCUGCACUAAAUCCUUUUCUCGAUCUGAUAAGCUAACAUUACAUAGACGCACCCAUACUGGAGAAAAGCCAUAUGCCUGCUUUUGUGGGAAAAGAUUUGCAAGAAGUGAUCAUUUAAAAAUACAUGCCCUUAAGCAUAAAAUUAACCCAGAGGUUCGUCGUGCAAUGCUGCUUGAAGCAAAAAAUAACAAGCACUUUAGUCCAAUUAAAAAUUUAGAAGAUUUUGACAUAAAAAAGGAGACAGUAGAAUCAUCUCUGCAGGUUAAAACUGAAGUAAACUUGGCCAUUAAACAAGAAAUUGGGGAAGGAACAGACCAGGUUAAUAUACCUGUAUAUGAUGACCCUAAUAAACAAGAGUGUAAUGUUUGCCAAAAAGUUUUUGGAUCCAUUUACAAACUUUCUCGACAUUUGCGAACACACACAGGAGAGAAGCCAUAUGUCUGUUUUUGUGGUGACAGAUUUAGUCGCUCAGAUGUCCUUCGCAUUCAUCAAAAAUCUAAACAUAUUCCUUAUAGUACAGAGGGCUAUGAUCAGCAUACAGGUGAAGCAAUGGCCCAAGUGGCACCAAUAACACCAAAGCCCAAGGUCAAGAAGACCCCAAAGGUUAUGAAGUCUGAUGGGAUAUAUACAUGUGAAUAUUGUGCUAAGGAGUUUAAAGCUGGAUAUAAGCUCACAGUUCACUUAAGAUAUCAUACAGGAGAAAAGCCUUAUGUGUGUGACUUCUGUGGGAAGGCUUUUGCACGCAGAGACCAUAUGAAAAAGCACAGAAAAAUUCAUACAAAGUGAAAUAGCUGGGAAAGAUUGUUCAGAAUGCUUCGGAAUCCAUCAGAAGAACACGAUGCUGAUCUUUUAGCAAAACUGAAAGUCCAGAUAGCAUAAUCAGAGAUAUUUUUAUAGCUAAUUGAUAUACUAUACAAAACCAUUUCAAGUAGAAUAAUUGAUUGUCUUCUGCAUUAUCAGACUGUUUUACAACUGAUAAGUGGCAUCGCUAUGAAGACAUGAAUGUAACCUACUGAUUUUUAUGAAGGAAUGUAAGCUAAUAAUUUAUAUGCACAAUUAUUUAUAGAGUUCACCUCUGCUGGUUAUUAAAACAGGGUUACAGCUUAACUUUUAGCAUAAAUUAUAUAAGACUAAAGUAGAUCUCUUAAACAUAAGAUGGAGGGACAUUUUUGUAAGCUUGAUCUUACCUAUAUCAGUUGAAGAACUAUUGCUUUUUUUCAAGAUUUCAAAUAAUGGCUUAGGUGUCAUACAGUGUAGUUCACUUUUAUGUAUUUCUGGCCAUUUCCAUAAUCACUUUUUAACUUUUCAUGUAUAUCUUUUGUAACCAUGACUAUGAACUGGAACUUGUAAAAUGUAAAUUCCUUAUAUUUUGUACUUUUUUUUAAUGUAAAUGUUGUGAAUGAUUUUCUAAGUACUACUGUUAAAGUAUAUACCUGUUUUGGUACAAAUAACAAGAAAUGCAACAGUUUCGUAUUGAAAUUGUAACAUAUAUUCUACUCAUUUAUAAAUUGAUGUAAUUUUGCCCAGUUUUCUUCCCAGUGAAAGCAUUAAUAAAUAGUGUUAAGUUGAUAAGCCCCAGUAGUAUAUUUGGUUCUCUUAUUUUUGCUUCAAGUUUCUGAUCUAAAAUCACAUGAAAAUCCUAUUAUACAGGGUGGUUCAAAAGAAAUGUUACCCAGAUUACAUUAUAUAUUUGUUACACAUAUAUUAAGGCUGUACAUAUGCAUUUAGGACAUGAUAUACAGCAGUUCUUUUUAGUCUUAGAUAAAAAGUAAUCAUAAUAUGAAGAUCUGACAGUAAUGGAGUCUAUAUGUAUUAAGACAAAAGUCAAAGAAAUUCAUUAGGAAGACCAUAGUUUCCUUUGAUGUGUAAUGUGGUACCACUUGCAAGCACAUCCUUAAUAAGUCCAAUGAACUGUCAUUAUAUAUUGGUGUACAUAACCAUUCACUGUUGUCUUAAAGAAAAUGGGUUCACUGCAUGCCUUCCUUAAAGCACACCAUACUCUCAUUUUGGGGGUUGCAGGGUUUUUCCUUACAAUGGAUUUUCACUGCCCCACAUCUUAUUGACUUAAAUAGUUGCUAGGGUGGAACCAUGCCUUUUGUUAAUUAUGUUAACUACUACUACUUAAAGUUUUGGAACAGCAUUCAAUACUGGAAACCUAGCUGUUAUACAUAUUGAACUACAUAAACUCCUUUCAAUUUGUCAGUAAUUUUCUGUGCACUAGAAUAAGACAUUUAUGUGUUUAAUUUGGAAGCUAACAAACAUUCUCUGAUUUUUCUUCUAAUUGUAAUCUAUAAUUUUCACCUUUUUCAUUAGGCAACACAUGGUCAUCCACUUUGUUUUCUAUAAUGUUCAACUCCAAUUAUAUGAAAAUGGGCCACUGGGGAAGCUCAAAUCAUCAUCCUUGAAAUCAUCUUUUAAUUGUGCAUAAGGUAAUUUUCCCAAGGUAAUGUUUAGGAGUAAAGACUGCACUUAGUGAAAACACGAAGUAGUAGUUACUCCUUUGAUUGUGCAAGACAAAAGCUGGGAUAUCAACAUGUCAGCGGCAGCAUCUAUGCGAGGAAAAUCAAAUUGCAGCGUAUUUUCAAUUAUUUCAAAAUGGGUAAUGUUUUCUUUUUGAAUCACUCUUGCAGUCUCAGUCAUUUGGAAAUGAGCAAUUUCAAAUGAAGUAAGUGAACUCUGUGUAUGUAUGUAUGUAUUUGGUCUAUUACUUUUUAAUAUUAUUAUUCAGUUUCUUUUUUUUUUUUUUCUCUUAGUAAUGUGAUGAAGAUUGGAUCCUUUGGAAAAUAGUGAUAAAUCUUUUAAGGCAAGUAUUUUCUUGCAAAAGGAUUAUACAUCUUUGAAAUAUAUUUAUUUAGGCAGUCACCUAGCCAUUUUUGAAAUCAAGUCUCCCAGUUAUCUGAAAUGACAGGUGAAGUUAACUUAAAAUUUUGCUUCAGUUAUCCAGCUAUUACUAACCACCACUAACCUAAGCUUACUUUGGAGGAAUGUUAUUGUAUCCUUCAGAAUGGCCCUUAGGGAUGGACCAUAAUAAUGAUUUUCUUGAAGAGGAGGGUACACCAGAGGUCAGCAUAGGAAACAGUGCAGACAGGUCAUUGAAACUUUUUUUUCCCGUCUUCUUAUUUGAAGGGAUUAUAUCCUUUGAUAUUCUUGAGUUUGAAGAUUCCUUUAUGUAUAUUUGUCAUGUAAUGGGUGAACAUUACAGUGAACUUAGAUGAAUAUAGUGAAGCAUGAGAUGAAAAUGUAUAUUCAUAUCUUUAUUUAUAUAUGUAUAUAUACUUUUUUUUUUUUUUUACUUUGAAAGUCCAGCAGUGAAGUAUAACAAAAAAUAUUCUUUAUAAAAUACUAUUUCUACAUAGUACAAUUAUCACACAACUACACAUGGAAGUGUAAGAACUGGCAGAUUGUAGAGUAUAACAACUUAAUAUUGUCAUCUUUUCAUGGGUCUACAUAUAAUAAUGAAUUAUAUAGUUAAUGUUCCCAUUUGUGCCAUCUAUGCAGUGUUGAUCUCUCCCGAUGGGAGAAUGUUUGAUUUUUUUUCUUUUGGAAUAAAGAGAGAAAACUCUAAUAAACUGGUCAUUAUGGUAUGGAAUCUCCUUCUAGGAAAAUAGAAUCAUAUAUUAUUUUAAAACAUCAAUUCGGUAUAGAAGAAAACAUUUUAUUAAUGAAUUACAUGUUUAGAUUAAACAGUUCAAUAAGUUGGCAAGGGUCCAAUUAUUGUAUAUAAUAUACUGUAUUACAUUUCCUUGCAAAGCUUAUCAAAAGAUUCUGAUUUUAAAAAGAGCUUCCAAACUAAAGCUAAUGAAAUAAAUGUAGAUAUUUUAAUUGGUAAUUUAUUUAAAAUCAAGUAAAAACAUGUGGGAUAUUUACAUGUGGACUGAUACAAUUUUGUUUCUACAGUUAAAUGCAGUAAUAUCAGUUUGAUAAGCUUACUUUUGUAUACUUUGAAAAAAAAAACACUGUACAGUAUACACUGAUAACUGGCUUUCAAUAUAUUACAUGUAUUACCAUUUGUUGAGGAGUGCUAUACAUAUGGCUAGGUAAUAACUGAAAACUUUAUACCUUGUGGAUGCAAAGAUGACAAAUAAUUUUGAACCCAGUGUAUUGGGCAUAUUGUCCCUGUUAUUAUAAGAAUUGGCAUGACCUGUUGUUGCAGCAUUGUAAUGCCAGUAUUUGUUAACUGUUUCCAUCAAUAGUAAAAUGAUGAAAAGCUCAGAUAUUUGCUGUUGACCCAGUGAGCAAUAGCUAGUCAUAAGAAUACUCUUUAAAUAUAUACUCUAGUCAUAGCUGUACUCUAUUUGUAGUUAUGGAUAAAGAAUAGUGCCUUGCCUAGUUUUUCCCAUUUUUAUUUUUAUUUAUUUUUUAAUUAAAAUAUCAAUAUUGGUAAUUUUGUAAUGUGUACUAAGACAGUACAUGCUGAUAACUGGAUUUCCAUAAAAUAAAAGUUGGGAAAACUUGCAAGGUAUUAUUGCCUAUAGCAUGGUUGAUAUACUUGUAGAUAAUUUACCCAUGAAAUGGUACGAUUGAUAUACUCAGCAUUCCAGAGUUGCGUGGUACAAAACCAAAAGCAAUGCAUAUUUUUUAUUUUCCUGGGACUAGGGAUUAUGGAUAUUGUCUUCAUUUGGCAGAUUAUCUUGACAAAGUGGUAAUUCAAAUUAACAAAUAAAGAAAAAAAUAAAUGCUUAAUAAUCCCAUGAUCUUUAGUCAUUGAUCAAUACUGAAUUGUGCUUAGUAAGUUCUUGAUGCUGAGAUACACAGUAAUAGUUAUGCAUACAAUCAGAAAUAUGUACAUAAACCUCAGUUUCUUUUUAUUAAAAAUGUUGAUAUUGCUUAACAGUGGAUACACUGGUGGCUUCCAUGAGAGUGAAGUAUAUUGCCACAUCUUGUCUUGGGAGACUGACUGUAUGAUAUAUAAAUGCAAAGUUUGCAUUAGGAUAUUAUAUACAGGCAGUUGGAUUUACCUUGACAAGGGGAUAAUUUGUAUAAUUAUAAAUAUACUGUGUUUUCUCUCAAGGAAUCCUGUUGUAAUGCAAUGCAUUUUUUUUACUGUAUUUAGAAAAUCUAGUAAAAAAAAUGGUUAAUACAAUGUUUAUUGUAGGUUUAAAAAUAGGUUGUAUGGUUUGUAAGGGUACUGAUUUCCACUUUAUGUAGAAAUUUUGUAAUAUAUAGUGUUAAAGCAUUGACAGUUGCUUUGCAAUUCUGUUAAAAGACAGUUAUUAUAAAAGAUUUUGGUGCAUUAAAAAAAUUACUGCAAGGGUUGGUUUACAUAUCAAUUUACAUAAAAAAUGUAGAUCUAUACUGUUUCUUUACUAUCAGUACUUACAACCUGUUAGCUUCAUGCAGUUUCAUAAUUUAGUGAUUAUGCAGCUUGUAAUUUUAGGCCUAUGUGUAGAGGUUACUGUAAUAAGUUUGAUAUUUGUAUAGAAUGACAUUAAAUAAAAUGUUUUUUUUCCA